ACGUAUCAUGUGAGGGAGGCUAUUCUUUUGGGUGAGGGUAUGAAGAAAGUAGAAUUUAUCGUGUAUUGUAAUUCAACAGAAUGUGAGCUCCAAUGUAUGUGUCGGUUGUUUGAGUUUAGAGGCAUUAUGUGUGCCCAUUCACUUAGUGUGCUCAUUGAGAGGUCCAUAUAUGAGGUGCCACAUAAAUACGUUGUCUCGAGAUGGAGAAAAGAUUUGGAACGAGGGUAUACAUGCAUUCCAACCACAUAUACUAACUUCGGGGCUGCUAUAAAUCCAAAGUUGCAUGAUUCAUAUCACAAGACGUUAGAUGAGAUCCUAGAACUUGCCACCAAUGACGAUGCUAAACACAAAGUGAUUCAACUUGGGUUGAGGGAAAUCAAGGAUCGAGUGAAAACUAUUGAAUCGGGUACUGCGAGUAAUGUGCCAUGUACUAGUACUCUACCACCUUCUACUAGUAUUGUACCACCUUCGCAUACUUCGCCGAAAAGUCCGACACGUCUGAAUACUACAAAAGCAAGCAACACUCGCAAGGUACUCAGUCCUUUGGUUGCUCGACGAAGAGGACGUCCAUGUACGAGGCGGAAGGUUAGCAAGGUUGAUCAAAUAGUUAAUCGGUUGAAGAGAAAGAACAAGAAGACUACUCCCGCACAGGUGCCGGAAGAUCAAGCUUACUAUUUUCCUUCUAUGGUUGGCACACAAGAUAGUAUGUAUGUUCCGGUUCCCCACGAUGAAGCUUACUAUUUUCCUUCUAUGGUGGGCACAGAAGACAACCUGUCUGUACCGGCACGGGUUUGCACAAUGGGAACGCCGAACAAUAUUGGAAGCACAUCAGGAAUGGUCAACAAUCUAAGCAGUCAAAGUUCUACAGUACCAUCACUAUUGGAUCCAAAUGCCCCAUUUUAUUUUUAAUGUAAUACACUGUUCAAGGUCUGUUCAAUGUAAUACACUGUUCAACCUGUUGAACAAAUAGAAACUGUUCAAUGUCCGUAUUCUACUACUUUUGUAAACAGGUUCUGUGUUCUAAACAGGUUCUGGAUGAUAUGUAAUUUCAUGUCAUAUGGUCCCAUUUGAAUGGAUGACUUGA